GGUCCCCGCAGCGCCACGGCGCCCGGUAUUCAUUCGGGAGAGUACCUCGUGCUAGUUGCCGGCUAUUGAGAGGGCUUGACGAGUCGGAGAUGACCGACUGCGGAAAGACCUCAGGGUGACAACAGGGAAUGGUGACAACACCGUCACCACCCCUAUACCCACUGUGGGUAGUGAAACUGGGGGUCGCCUGGCGACCGUAGGAGCCCCGGGUAGCCUAAGUUCUGGCUAAAGCAGCUGAACGCCCGCGGAGUUCGCACUCCAAGUCGUGGUUCACCUGCCCAGACACCCUUCUGGGCCCUGAGCGCUAUACCCUAGCCUGCUGGCCACAGGGCCUACUGCUGACCUUAGGUUAGCCCCUGCCCCUCUCUGUCCUCACUGUUCAGCCAUGGGCUAGCAAUUAGGCUUUUCUUGGGAAGCCAGUUUGAGAUCCUUGCCUCCCCCCACGUUGCCACCUGCUGAUCAGUAGGUCUUGGAAGAGCCUGAAUUUGGUCUGAUUUUUCCCUGUGGUACCCCCACAAUUGCCUCACCCCUCCUCAGCCCAGUCUGAGAUCCUAAUGUGAGGACUUGACUCCUGCCUCCGUUCUCCAACUUUCCUCAAAGACUAGGAUGGUGUGGAGGCUGAUAAGACAGAGUCUUGGCCUCAUUUGAACAUUCUUAGUGCAUUCCUUCCACCUCAGCAUCCCCUUCAACAGUGGGUCUGAUACUCUCCAGACUGACUUGACAGGAACUCAAAGCUCCGGAGAGUGAGAAAGAAGAUAGGAGUAGCACUCCACACCCAGGGAGAGCUGGGUGGCCCAGUGGCUGUUGUUAUCAGAACUGGCAUAGUACCAAGUGAAGAAGGGUAUAAGGUGGGGCAAGACUGAAGUGCCCCUUGCUCUGAGCAGUUCUGCUACCAGGGAGGAAACCUGGGGGUGCCAGGAAGACUGGACUACCAUACUUCUCCCUGGCUGUCUCCAGCAUCUCCCUCCUCUGAAUUUUGGGACUCCUGAACCACCCCCCCACACCCUGCCCUCCAGAUGCCCCCAGUUCUGAAGUCCCACAUUCCCUUUUCACUUUGUUCCAGCUAAAGGCCCCUGGGAACCUCAGGGCCAGUGUUGGGUAUCAAGGAGCAAGAUUUUUAAGACCUCCACACACAGCCACAAACCAGCUGGUGCCCUCCUGGGGUGGAGGCAGAGAUUCCCAAAUGUAGGUUUGGGCUGCCAGCUUUGCUUGAGGGGGUCCACCCUCAUGGCUGAGUUUGUCCCACUAGCAUGUGUCCCCAGGCAGGACUCCCAGUCUGGGCUCCACAACAGGCUCCACAACAGGUAAAACAGGCACACACAGGCACAGGCCACCCACACCUGGAACACACAAGCCAUCGCCCCUGCCAUGAUGACAGCUCUAGACACACCCCUCCUCCUAGACCUUGUUCUUUGCUGGCUGUGGAGCGGAUCGGGCAGCAGCCCCUGUGGACCCAGUCCCUGGAGCUGCCCGAACCAGCUAUGCAGCCUUUGCCUGCUGGGUCCUUCCUGGAGGAGGUGGCAGAGGAGACCCCAGCACAGCCAGAGAGUGAACCCAAAGUGCUGGACCCUGAGGAGGAUCUGCUAUGCAUAGCCAAGACCUUCUCUUACCUUCGGGAAUCUGGCUGGUAUUGGGGUUCCAUUACGGCCAGUGAGGCCCGACAACACCUGCAGAAGAUGCCAGAGGGCACGUUCCUAGUACGUGACAGCACCCACCCCAGCUACCUAUUCACUCUGUCGGUCAAAACCACCCGAGGCCCUACCAACGUGCGCAUUGAGUAUGCCGACUCCAGCUUCCGCCUGGACUCCAACUGCCUGUCCAGGCCACGCAUCCUGGCCUUCCCAGAUGUGGUCAGCCUUGUGCAGCACUAUGUGGCCUCCUGUGCUGCUGACACCCGAAGUGACAGCCCUGACCCUGCGCCCACCCCGGCCCUGCCUACCCCUAAGGAAGAUGCAUCUGGUGACCCAGCACUGCCUGCCCCUGCAGUCACCGCUGUGCAUCUAAAACUGGUGCAGCCCUUUGUGCGCAGAAGCAGUGCCCGCAGCCUGCAGCACCUGUGCCGCCUUGUCAUCAACCGUCUGGUGGCUGAUGUAGACUGCCUGCCACUGCCCCGGCGCAUGGCUGACUACCUCCGACAGUACCCCUUCCAGCUCUGACCCGGCUGAGCAUCCGCCUCGCCUCACCCAUCCAUACCCUGGAGGGGACACAGGCCUCAGCUGGACUUGGGCUCCCGUCAUCCCUCCUCCAGUUAUCCUGGUGACUGCAAGCACAUGACAGCUGGACCAGAGAGAGUCGGCUUGAGCAAGGCUGGGGGUGAGAGGGAGAGAAAAGUGUCGCACAACUUGAAGGUCAACACUCCCAGCUCCCAUGUGGCUCCAUUAUGGUGAGCCAUGUGUCAGGAGAGAGGGAGACAGGCGGGACCUUGUCUCACCUUGUGGGUGAGGCCCAGGCUCCCACUUGCCUGCUGUGAGCUCCCGAACCAUGUAGACUUUGCCGGCCCUGGUUUCUCAGUCCACUGGGUGGGGCAGGCCCCCUCCUUCCAACCAGCCUGUCUCAGGGAGGAUGGUGGCAAGAGGAACUGAGGUUGACAGUGACAGUCCCUUGAUGGGGGAACAGGCCAGACUGAGGGACUACAAAGUUAUACAGUAUUUAUUUAUUUAUUCUCCUUGGGUUGAUCUCAAGGUGAGCCAAUCCCACCUCUGCCCUGAGCCCUGAGUGCUCUGGAGACCCCAGCUCUGCCCCAACUUCUCUGGUUCCUCCUGGUGGAGAGCCCCAUCCUAAGACAUGUUGCUGGACCCAAGGCAGUUCUGGGUAUCCUGGCGCUGACCCAUGCACCUGUGAGUGUGCACACCUUCUUCUGACCCCUAGCCCUGCUUUGGGAGGGCAGGUAAAUGGACAAGAAAAUGAAGCCAAAGUGUCAGUGCCCAGCAGAGCCCUCCACUCACUCCCUGUCAGGGCAGAGCCCUGUGUGCACAGAGCUGGUCUCGGUGGGGUGCCCGCCUGAGGGAGCCCAAGAAGCGGCGUGCUGGCACGAGGGCUGCUGCUUCAGCUCUGCCGGGUCAGCUUUCUGCCCAGGAAGGUGCCUGCACACAAGAGGGGAAGAAAUAUCUAUCUGAUAAGACUUUAUAAAAUAAGUAUUAUAACAAGCAAAACCCAGUUUGGUAGUCUUUUUUCUUCCACUGAUUUUUCUGUACUGACAAUAAAAUUAUACUUUUCAUUUAAGGAGA